UUGUUUCAAUAUGGCGGAAAAUACGAAGAUGGAAGUGGAAGCGAACGUGAAUGAAACGUUACCCGAGGAGGAAAAGGACGAAAUUAUGGGCGAAGGUGCCGAAGGAGAAGAUGGCAGCUCAGAUUCUGAAGAUUCUGAUGCCGAUGAGGCAGUUGUUGACCCGAAAAUUCAACAGCUUGAGCUCCAGGUGACCUCAUGCUUUUUUUGCUCGCUUCUGAUCUUGUUAGUUGUGCCCAUGCUAAAAAAAAGGGAAGAAAAAAAAACACUAUUUGACAAUAGUGUCUCAACAGUCUUGUUACCUAUGUACAUCACUGCAAUGUAACUGAGAUUGUUAGGUUCUUGCGUAUGCUUGCACAUCUGUCGGAAUCAUACAGCUGUACAGUAUCAGUAUGCAAAGUAAAAUGUGUAUUAUUAUAACAAGGCCCUGUAAGGGAGUGGGGGGGGGGGGGUUACAUAUGUCCCUAGUCUGAAAUUCAAAAAAUGCGGUCGUUUCGCAUUUUGAUGUGUAGGCCAUGUCCCUGGUCGUCAGUUUUUAACCAGUCUUUAUAUGAGCCUCUCUAUAUGGCAGUGGCGUAGCUUGACCAUUUUGUCAAGUACGCACGUGGGUCUAUAUGGUUUUAAAAACUUCGAAGAAGAUAACGUGUUUAAUUGGCAGUCUGCAAGCUGUUUUUUCCCUUCGUAUUUAGUGCACAAAAAGGCGCUUGUGGUCCCAGGCGUUCCUAGCGGUGAUCAUGGAAACUGGAAAUAAGAAUCGAUGCGUGACCGAAGCCAUGCAUGUUUUUUGCAAAGAAAGCUUAGGAAAGAUUAAAUUUAGAGAUUAAUUUUUCCACAACAGGUCGGUCCACGAAUUCCAUAGCUUGAAAGCAUUGAUUACUUUGGAGCGAGUGAGCUGGCUAAGCAAGCUAAGCCUCUUUUUCAUCUGUAAAUAGACUGAAAAAAUUAAAACAGCUGUCAAAAACUCUGCGGAAAACAAAUCAACAAUCAUUUUGAAUUUACCCUUAUCAGAGCUACAUAUAAUAUACCAGUGGUUGUUUGCCUAAACAGAAUAGGUUUUUUAGGUUUCUUUUUGUUGUAAACAGAGUCAGGGUUUAAAACUAUCAGUGGUGCUUUAUAUAAUUAUGCCUAACUGUGUCGGAAAAGUACCUUUACAUUUGCAAUUGUUUUUUCAGGUGGAGAGCAAUCCUUACCACUAUGAUUCACAUGUGCAACUUAUCAAACUGCUCAGAGAGUCUGGUGAUCUUGACAGAGUAAGGAAUGCUAGAGAGAGUAUGAGUAAAAUCUUCCCUUUGACACAAGGUAACAUUUGUAUAGCGGUAUUUAUGAACUACUUGUAGUAACUGCAAGUGUUGUUUGUUGUUUGUUUUAAUGUUUGUUCCACAUGUUAAAAAAAAUGCAUUGUACGCAAGCUGAAGAACAUCCUCUCAACUAAAACUCACCUGUUCACUGUAUUAUUAUUGUGUAUUAUUAUUAUUCCAGUCAAAAUACUCGGCAUUUUCUGCUCAUUAUUAUGACUUUCAUUACUCCCUUGCCUACUAAGGACAUAUAUAUACGUCCUGUGUGAGGUCACUCAGCGACCUAGGACGUUAUUAUACGUCGUCAGGCAAAUGAAAUCACCAAAAGUCUGGUUGUUCAUGUUGCCUUGAACAAUUGAACUCUGGUCGUUGAGAAAGGUCAGCGGUUGCUGGGUGUAUUUGGCUCUGGUAGGCAAGCGGUUAAUCAUGAACGGAUUGCGUUACCAGAAUAAAAACUCCACUUUCAAAUAGAUGAUUGAAAUUGUCCAACAGAAGCUUUAUUUAUAAAACAAAAUUAAAGUUGUUUGGGCCUUCCUGACAUAUCCUGAACCUUUACACGUGAAAUAUGAAACCAUUGCUGGCUGUUGCUUUCAGUCGGUGUGACGUUGUGGAGAAUUUUUCCUCAAUAUUUAGGAGGGUUAUUUUCUUGAUCAAUUACAACACACUUGCAUCCAAUACUAUUCUUAAAUUUCAUUUUGUAGAUAGUGCUUUUGAAAGCACUAGGGGUAAGAUUUGAAAGAGGGCAGCUGGAGUGAUUUGUUUCUUGUUGGCUAUAAAGAAAUUAAAAUUAAUUGAUAUUAUAUCAGUACAACACUGACAACUUUUGCAUUGACUUGUUUUUAAUUAGAGCUCUGGUCAGAGUGGCUUAAAGAUGAAAUGCCAUUAGCAUGUAUACCUGAACAGAAAGAGAAUCUUAUAUCAUUAUUUGAAAGAGCUGUUAAAGACUAUCAAUGUAAGGUUUUUAUUGUUUGUUAUGAAUAAUGUAAAUAACUAAAUAAACCUUAUUUAGCAGUGAUUCUUUUAACAUGUGGUCCUUAGGAUCACUUAGUGAUCAUCUUCCUGCUUUAGCAUCUGUACGUGUAUGCAUGUGUGCAUGCAUCCUUCAGUGUGUUGGUCUGUCCUUCCUUUCUUUCUUCCUUCCUUCUUUCUUUCCUCUUCAUCUUCUUCUUUUCUUUCCUUGUUUCUGCCGUGGUGAGAAAUGUCUAGGUGCAGGAUGAAAUCUUUCUGGGUCCAUAGUUUUGGGUGUAUUUGGCACUGUGGUGUACUAUCUGAGGGCAACAAACAUACCAGAACUUCAAAAAUUUUUGAUGUGCUGGAAAGUACUUAUAACACCAUCAUAAACAGCACUUUUACGUAAUAUAGCACAACAACAGCUAAUACACCUUAAGAAAGAAAACAGUAUUUACCAUCACUUUAAAGGUACUUUUAAUAAUUAAUUUUAACUGCUGCAGCUGUACAACUGUGGAUUCUGUACUGCCAGUUUAUGAUGGAUACCAUGGAAGGUGAAGACAGUCUUCAAGGAGUCAGAUCAAUCUUUGAAAAAGCUAUUAUUGCUACUGGUCUCCAUGUAACGGAGGUAGGUACUCAAUGCGUUGUAGUCCCAAAAAUUCCAUACUGAUGAGACGUAAAUCUGUCCAGGAUCUUGUUAACAUUGAAUGUGCAAGGUGCUUAAUCUUCCCAGAAACAGCCUUUUCCUCACAGUAAAUUAUUUGGAUCACGAGAGGUAUUUUAGUUUUGUUGGCACUAAAUUGACAGCAGAACUCAGAAUGUAGGAUUUCAUAAUGAUGUCGUAAACCACACCCUGAUAUAAUUGGAGACUGGGUUGAUUUGUGUUAAUUGGAGGGAGCGGGGUUUGGUCAUUGAUAUUUGGGUGGGGGAGGGGGAGAAUGCAAAAGAGGGAGUGUCCAGAUUUUAGAUCUCCAGAGUUUGGCAUCUCUGCUCCAUACUCCACUAUUCUCUUUAUGGAAUAUAAAGUCCUCUUGUAGAGACAUGCAUUUUCCAUAACAUUUUUGAGAUUAUGCAAAUUCAUUUUUCUGUACUAUCUUUAUUCCAAAAGCUGCCGGGGAAAAAGUAAAGUUGCAUCUUAUUUGGUUGAUGUACUAAUAUACAUUUGUAUAUACUAGCACUGCACUGCCGAGGAACAUAAGUAUGUAAAUGUUUUUUUUUUUUUCAGGGAUCAUCGAUUUGGGAAGGGUAUAGAGAAUUUGAAACAGAUAUACUAGAAUCCCUUGAGGUUAGUAUUCAACAAAAUGUUAAACCAAUGGCUCUUGGUAUUUACAUUACAGUGUGCAAUGUUUGUUAGAUUUUAUUUCUAUGAUGGAAAUUAGUCAUCGAAAUUUUGAAUUAAAGAUGUCCUUUGAAAGCUUUUUGAAUCAUCACUUAAAGUAUUGGUUAAGGCCAGUUUAUACAGGCCUACUUCGUACAGCAUUAUUUUUGUUGGAUCAAACAAAGUUGGGUGAUGUUGGACUGUGUUGGAAGAGGAAUAAGUCUGUAGGACAGUCAAGUUCCACAGGAAAUUAAAGUAAAAAAGAAUUUCUGGGUCAACUGUAUUUCCAGAAAUUAAACCCUACAUAGAAAGUCAAUGUUUUGUGUUUGAGAAUACCAGACAAAAAAAUAAUCUAGACUCAGCUUUCACAAGGAUGAUGGACAGUGCACUAAUUAUUGCACGUGAUUAUAUCUAACAUUACAAUGAUUGUGAAGUUCAAACAUGGCCAAACAUGGUCAUUCAAGCAUGGCUAUUAAGUUGCAACGUGGUUCAUUGCUCAGAGAAAACAGGAAAUGGUGUGAUGAUUUUCGAUUAAAAGUUUGAACUCAUUCAGCUUGGUGUUCAAAUGGAUCAAAUAGUUUUGAUUUAAGAAAUGUUUUGGCUGAUACAUUUACUCCAGUUGUGUUAAAUGCAUUUCCUUAUCUGUGUUUUCAUGGUUCCAUUGGAGAACUGAACUCCAUUUCUGUUACAUAUAACUUUACAGCAAAUGGUGACUGAAGAAAACAGAGAAACUAUGAUGGAGAAAAUGUGAGUUAUGACUCGUACAGUAGUACAUGUACACUAAUCUAUCCCAUGCUAUAAAGAAUACAGCCAAUCAGAAAGCUAGUAACCUGUUGCAUAUUCUGUGGUAUGCAAGGGGUAGUAUUUCACAAAAAAAAUCCCAGUGAGGCUUGGGACCUCCAUAUUUUCCCUUCAAACACAGCAGAUAGGAACAGGAAAACUUUUCAUUGUACAAAAAUUGCUGGGAGCAAGUUUGUUUAAACCCUAGUUUAAACUGCUACUAUUCAGACCACUUGAAAGUAUUGUAUACCUAGUAUGUAUAGAUCAUACAAUGGGGGCAGUGGAGUGUAUAUGUUAGCCCAAUCCGGAUCAAAGACAACAGCUAAACGACAAAUAAUCUGUAAAACUCAACAUCUCUACUGCGCUCGACACUCAGUCGUUCCGAUUACAUUAGAUUGUAUUGUCCCACGAUUCAGGGCUUGGGCCCAGUCCAUUUCAGUCCUCUUUACUCUUUAUUUUAGCUAAGCCAUGGCCAGAAUUAUUCUUUUGAAAUUAUUAACUGAAGGAACUACAUCUGGGUUGUUGAAAGAUAGUUUUAUGGGCAUGGGUAUGGUUUGAAAGAUGCUGCUUCUUCUCCCCUGCAGUAGUAAAGUGUCAAUGUUUUCUACAACCCUUAAAACUGAUGAUGAUAAGGGGCAUUGAUCUACAUGGGCAGUUACAGGUAGUUGAUCUGUGAAUGUGUUAUAGCAAAGAAACUGUGUAGUUCUGUGGCAUGAAAAUUGAGGGACAGUAAGAAAAGAGAGAAGUGCAUUAUGAAUGACCAUUGACACCCUGAUUGACACCAGAGCAUAGUCUCCCAGACUGAUGUUCUCAGGGCUUUAUCAUGCCUCCCUGUCCCAUAAACGUCUGCUGAAAUGAGCUGUUAACACAGCUCACUUUGGUUUCAGCAGAUGUUCUUGGGGCAGGAAGGCAUGACAAGAGCCCUUUGAAUGUCUGCUUGGAAGGCUAACCAGAGCCAUGAUAAGAAUUGCUUACACCACCUUCAACAGUGUGUUUCUGUUUUAAGGAUGGUAAACCCCUGGGCAGAGUCGUUCAAAGCUGGGUUAAGAUAACCCAGGGUUAGUGCGAAAUUUGAAUUCAGAUUUGAAAAGUUAAAAGGCAAAUUGAUUUUUAUUCUUUUUGUCUCCAAUAUGAUGAUUGGGUGAUCUUAAAAGAAUAGAGAAAACUGCCCGAGAAAAUGCUUUCCAAUACAAGAAAAAGAAUCCCAGAUCAAAAUUUAACUCAGGUUAGCUCUAAUCGGCCUUCAAACAACUGGGCCCAGGGAAUUUCCUUUAAAGCCAUGUUUAUUAUUUAAUACUUAAUUUAGUUAAAAAUAAUUAAUUUGUUCCUCUCUUUCCAUAGCUCAGCUCAGAAGGAGAGAGUGUUGUCAGUCUUCAAAAGGCAGCUUGCUGUCCCUCUGCUUGGUAAACACCUACUUAUAAGCCAGCCCUACCUGUUAAAUUAUUUAAGGGUCAGAAGCUUUUUACGCAUUCACUUCUUUAAAAGUGGAAGGAAACUGGCCUGAGUUAGUUGCCGCAAAGACAUCUGGGAUUGUUACUGCGGGUGCUCUCCAGUCAGCUAUUGGUCAAGUUGUUUGCCCUGUCCUCACUAACAGUGCCAGAAGUCUUUAUGAAAGUUAACCUUGUUCAUUUCCUACUCAUUUCUAAAGUGGUAAAUAGGCACAGCAACAGCAGUGGAAAUUUCAGUUACUUGUUUAAAAGGAAUUUGCAUGCUUUGAAAUUUUCAGGCAUUGAGGCAUCAUUGCUCAUUAGUCCAUUUCUUAUUAACGGAACUAUAACCAGUGUUGACAAUUUUCCCCAUAAAGGCCAGAGCAGAGAGGUGACUAGUGUUAUUACAAGGGCUAAAAUUAAUGUAAGAAAAAGAAUAAUAAUUAUUAGGCUUCUCAAAGCAUAUGUGAACAUGUUGAAUCUACCAUAAUACUAAUUAAGCCCCAAGAAACAGUAUGUGGAAAAAAAAUAUUGUUUAUAAGUUUUGUACAAUUAACAUUUUACAUUGUUGCCAGACCUUUUUGGCUGGUCAGCAUCUUUAAGAUAUAAUUCAAUCUGGAGCUUUUAAAGCCUUUGAUGUUAUUCACUAUAAAGGAAGAGAUUGCUCACACCACAUACUUUGCCAAAAACAAAAAAAACAACAACAACCACGACAACAAAAAUGCCAGUUCUAGAGGUAUUAUCCUUUGUGAAAGGUACAAUGUACAUGUAUAUGUCUAACAGGACAGCCAUAAUUAACAAAUAGUUUAUGAAUUCUCACUUGAUCGAUAAUGCGGGUUGAUUCCUUAAUUUUGGUGAUCUCUAGGGAUGCAGGCCACGUUUAGAGAGUUUGAAGACUGGCUGGAGUACUCCGUCCCUGAUGCAGUGAAGAUAGCAUAUGACAAAGCCGUGGCAAAACUGGAGGAAUGUCUGGCCCAUGAAGAUACACUGGUAAUGUACAUUGUACAGUUACAGCCCUGUUUAUAGGAUUUAUUAAGACCUUUUUAAUUAGGACAUCUUUAUUCAAGAGAAUUAGUUAUGAGAGUGUUAUCAUAAACAAUUUUUAUUAUUGAAUUUGGCUUUCGUUUGACGCGAAGAAUUAUGCAGAUCGAGGAAGAUGUUAACCACCUCGGCCAUCAGCCUAGGUGGAUAUCAUCCAAGAUCAGCAUAAUUCUUCACAUCAUAUGAAAGCCAACAUCAUAGUUGUUUUAUUAUUCAUUCAAAAUUUUCUAAGUUCUUAACAAGCUUACCUCUUCAUAGACUUUCGUCAGAACUUUGGUCUAUUUCUCGGCACAGUUUCAGGAUAUAAACAGAUGUUUUUAUUUAAAUAAUACUGUUAUUUAUGUUAUUUAGGCCUCAGCACAGCCACCAAAGACCACUGAAUAUAAAUCAUACUUGGAAUAUGAACUGAAGAAAGGUGAUCCAGCCAGGAUACAAUGUUUGUAUGAAAGAGCCAUCAAGGACAAUUGCCUUGUAGGGGACAUGUGGACUGAAUAUACCUCCUAUUUGGUGAGGCAUUUGAAUUCAAUAUUUUGUAGAAUCAUUUGCAUGUAUAUUUUACAAAUUAAUGCAGUUUUGUGAAAUCUCACACAGUUUACAGCUAUUAUGAUGUGUAAGUUCUCUGUGUAAUAACAGGGAAAGAUAAAUAUGAAAUAAGGAAAACAAGGUCCCCGAAAAAAGUACUUUACUGUAAUUGAGUGGCAGUGUAUUCAGCAUGAAAGUACUAAUAAAAUUGAGAACGCUAUUUAAAUGCAUUCUUUGCUGGAGACAAGGCUGCCAUUUUAUGUUUUUUUCGUAGCUCACAAAGGUCUUGUUGUUUGCUGGACAAAGGCAGUGCCUUCACUUCUGAGUUACCAGUAUUUUAAGACCCUGAGUAUUGGUCAGGCCCCAGGAUUGAAUUAGUGACGUCUCGCAUUGCAGUCAAGCACUCUUCUGACUGUGCCAGUCCUACUGCAGUAAUGUGCUUCCUGCAGCACAACUCUGGAAAACCCAAACUGUACAUCUAUUUAUGACUCUAUGUUUCUCCUUAACAAACAUUGUAUGUAAGCCAUCCAGGAAAUUCUACCUUGGCUUUCUAGGAAUACUUAAGUUGUACCCUGAUUUAUCCAUUUAGAAUUAGUGCACUUUAAUUUCUUAUUUCUUAUUAGUACCAACCUUAUUUUUUUUCAGGAUUCCACUCUAAAGAUAGCCACAGUGGUAAUUCCUGUGCAUGAACGUGCUGUUAGAAACUGCCCUUGGGUAUCCCUGCUCUGGCAGAAUUAUAUCAGAGCACUGGUAACAAUAAUUAUGUUGUCCAUCCAUCCAUCCACUGAAUUCUAUAUUUUCUUUGGUCAUCUGAUCAUUCAGUUAGUCACUCAUUUUUUGUGUAUUUGUGUUCCUCAAUAAUAUAUAUCCGUCCUUUUAGAUAAAGCAUUUUGUGCACUUUUUAAAUAUAUAUACUUUAUUGACACAUAAGUUUGAUUUUUAGGAAUACCGUAUUUAUUCAACGUAUCAGCGUAUAUUUCAAAAUUACGUUUUUAAAUCACUGACAUCAAUGUUUACGAUAGAUCAUUUCGAAAUAUUGUGUGAAACAGAAAGGUGUUUUUAAAAAAGUUGCAGUGCCUCACCUUUCUUGCGGAGAUAGAAUCGUAACUGUGUCGAUGAUUUAAUUUUCAAGAAUUAGCAAGUUUUUCUUUUCUUAUAAUCCUUGAAUAAAUGCACAUACUCUUGAUUGGGUGCAGCAUUAAUAAUUGGUAAUUUUGCUUCCAUCUGCGGUGUUUAAUCAAGUAAAUACAGUACACAAAGAGUUUUUACUCUUUUCUUUAUUAGGAGCGCACUGGGCAGGAUAAUAACAAAGUAAAAGGUAUUGCUGAUUAUUUGCUUUAUAGCUGGAAGUGAUUCUUUCUUUCCCUCUCUUUUGUCCCUGUAAGUCAUGCACUUUUCAUCUGAUGUAAUGUGUUUUGGUGUUUGUUUGUAUAGAAACCCUGGACACAGCUCUUGGUUGUGGGUUUAGCACUAGUGAUGAUUACCUGCAGUUAUGGCAUUCUUACUGUGAUUACAUGAGAAGAAAGACUGAUGACUGGACUGAAGGUAUGCUGCUGCAACAAAUGCAUAUUGCUUUUUAACAAUUUUGUUUUCAGUCAGUGACACAGGCAUCAAUCAAAAUAUCUGAGUUCUUGCAACAAUUCCCAGUGUUGGAACCUAUGACUGUGAGUAACUGGACUCCUUGGGUACUUACAUUUACAAAUAUAGGAAAAUCAGAAAUUCCGGUUGCAAAAUCAAAAUUUUCGCACCAUUCCAUUUGGGAGGCUUAAGAAAAUAUGGGCUGUGAUGUGCGGUGAUGCCAUUUUUCUACGAUUUUGAGUCUGAUAAAAAGUACUCUCAGCCUGAAAGAAUAACUUUAUAUUCAAAGUGGCUAAUGUCACAUGGCAAUACACUGAUUGACUGUGCACACGCAUGACAUUGACUAAAUGUCUCGCUUGGCAAACGUCAGUCUUCAAAAUAUUGAUUAUUUCACUUGCUGUCAAUUCAUUCAUUGUGUUUACUAACUACCUCAUCAUGCAAUCAAUUUUACAGAUGGCCAACAGGUUAAGGAACUCAGAGAGACUUUAAAAACGGCAACGGAAUAUUUACAAAACUGUGAGUUUAGAAUCAAACUAUUCCUUGUAAUUUAUUCUUCGUUUUUUUUUCCCAUUUGCACAACUUGCGUGACGUCAGUGGUCCCUGUUUCAGUCUACUAUUUAUUAUUUAUUUUAUUUGAUUAGCGUCAACCACAAAAAUUAUAAUAGCGAACAUCUUCAAAUUUGAGUCAACACUAUGAAAUAUUAGCCGAGGGGAUUUGAACCAAUCGUAAACAAGGAACAUUUUUUUUAUUUGCGUGAUAAUAGCCAUUAUAACAACUGAAGGGAGGGUUGGGAUGUUCGUUCGUCUCUAGUCCCGACUCAUUUUCCCCUUCACUUUCUUUCACCUCGCUCUUAACUCUUUCUUUAUGAUUGGCCUGCGAACCUAAAUACGUACUAAAAAGUUAUGUUUUUGACAGUUAAAAAUUAAAUUUUUCAUGCACUUAUAUAAACUAAUACAAAUACUUGAAGACAUAACUUGUUUACAAUAAUUUUAUUCACUAUCUGUUUUUUUUUUCAAACUUCAGCAGCCGCUGUAAGCGUAUGCUUGUAUGAAACCGGCAUUAUCAAUAGAAACUUGCCGACCUGGCUCAUGUUCUAACUUUCUUCUUUCGUAGAUUUCGGCAAAGAUGGUGAUCCUACAAAUCUUUUGGACAGAUACUGGGCACGAAUUGAGGUAAAUAAAUUGAAGGUAUUUUUGUUUGCUUAUUUUCUUAGACCCCUUACGAGUUGGUGUUAGUGUAUUGGACUUGGCGUUAGUACUGAAUACUCUCCUUAAAAGUAGGAUUGGAGGCAUCAUUGUAACUGUCCAUUCCUUGAAACUGUCAAUUCGUUGGUUUCUUAGCUUAUUAGUGAGUAAGGCGACGGUUUAGAAACAAGGAUUGACCUAGUCAGUUAAUGCUUGGCCUUCUGUGUAAGGAGUUUCGAGUUCGAUUCCCAGAUGUGAUCUCAAGUCCUCGUUUUGACUUCCUUCCUUUCUGUGUAACUUUAGGUAGCUUUAAAUUCCCUUAAAACGGAGCAAGGAUGGAGAGUAGGGGCUGGGUCGCUAGGCCCAUGCAGGUUUGUCAGUCAAAUGGUGACUGUUACAAGAUACCGACUGAAAAAACUGACCGCGAGAUGUGUUAAACUUUUCUUAAGGACCACUUUCUUAUCCUUACUGCACAGCAUCGGGGUAACAAAUGGGUUUCUGUUUUGCGUUCUCAAAUAUUACGAUGAAAGUCAUAACUAUAAUAAAAUUCUCAAAUCUGAUUGGCUAUCAACUGUCCUGAUUUCAGCACUAACAGGACAGUGUAAUAGGACGGUAAGCGUCAUGCCUAAGUAAUUGGACAGUAUGCGCCAUUGCGCGCGUGCUCAUAAAUGUUUUUUUUUUUCACUGCUAGCCAAGAAACUCUUAAAAAACUCUUAGAAUUUCUUGUGUUUUAAUUUUUUAAAAAGCCUAAUUAAAAAAUUUUGUUAUAAUUAUGAUUAAUUGGUAACAGAACUUCGUGUCGUCCAAUUUGGUCUGUAAUCAUACUCGUCAUUAAUUAAAUCGGACUCCCGCUAUGCGGUCGUUCGAUUUUGUUAAUCACUCGUAUGAUCACAGACAGAAUUGGACUCCACUCAGUCCUUCAAGUUUAGCAUUAUGAACCGUUCCUCUCCGUUAUCUUCAUCUUAGGUUUCUUUAUUCUAAGGUUGUCUCUCGCUGUUUCAUUGGUUUUCUUUGUUUUCAAUGAUAGGCGUUUCACAUCAAAAACAUUACAGAAUGUCAGAGAAUUUGGGACAACGUAAUCUUGCCAAACCAUGGGCGAGAGGCAGAAAUCUGGCUUGAGUACGCCAAUGUGUUGAGGUCAGUUAAAAGUGAUCUAUUUAUUUACCAGCUUUUCUGGACACAGGCCUGGCCAGAGGGAAUGUGCACGAAAGGGACUCAGGCCCUAUGCGAGGUGCCAUCCCUCACCACCGGGUUCUACGACCCCUAAUCUUUUCGAAUAAUGAUAUGGGUUCUUUUACGUCCCACAAGAACAAAUCAGUGGAAUUGCUGUGAGACGGGACCUAGGGUUUUUCGUCCUUAUCCGAGAAGACUCAGUAGAAAGUCUAACUAUUUGCAGAUGUCAUUACAAAGGCAGCACUUUCUUCUCAGUUAUUUAAAGACCCUGAGUGUUGGUCCGGCUGGGGUUUGAACCCGCGACCUCCCCAGUAUUUUUGUAGGUACACCUUCCAUCUUUGAAUGUCCUAUACUUAGACAUAUUGGUCUUUAUUGUAAAAACAUUAUAAUAGAUGUAUUACACAUAGACUAAACUUUAUUAUGAUAUCAUUUUUUAGGCGAUCGGAAUAAAUAUCACGUGACUAUAACGUCACAACAGUUAAAGCUCUAAAGCGAAUUUCUGCCCUUAUCGGCAUUUUCUUUGGAAAUGCUUUACGCUACGCUGCUGCAAUUAAUUAGUGUACUAUAAAAUCCCCGGAUUUCGUGUCCAUUGAGACCUUUUAAGUUGUCUAACGUAGGCACAAAAUUGAGUAAAUAUUGCAGCAGUGUCAUAGAUCUGGCUAAGUUUUUGCCAUCAUUUAUUCAUAAAAUCACAGAAAGCUGUCCUCUAUUCUUUCCGCAAACUUGGACACAAAAUCACGAUUUUCCAACUUGGUACAACGUGGCUUAACUCAUUGCCGUAACGCGCGAUCUACCAAAUAAAAAAACAACGCUCCUAAACUUCCAUCAUUCCACAAUGAUUCUUUAAAAUGUUAUCCAAAUCACCUCUAAAACAGCCGAGAUAUGAGUGUUUUAAAAGAUGCAGCACGAAGAAAAUUUUGCUCAUAGAUAGGUGUCUAUCUCUAAACGAACGAAAGAGGAAAUAUAACUCAGUAUAAGCAACUUAUGGUUACGCUGUUUGGAAAUAAACCUCUUGUUUUGUCGCGCUCCUAAGGCCCUAUGUCUUUAUAGAUCCCAGUAGUUUUGCAGCAGUAGUAUAGCGCGCGCCGAAUUGAUUCUUUUUUGCGUAGGAAUGCCUUUAACUUGCGGAGGAAUACAUUAACGUCGAUGACUUUGUAGCCUCUUGUCUUUAUCUCAUGAAUAAAAUGCGAAGGAAUCUCACGCAGUCUUGGGUUAAAAGCAUUAUAAAUGUUUCAGAUGAUUUUUUUGGAUUUGGUUGUAGUUUGUCCCGUGCGUGUUCAAUAAACAGUGCCUCAUUUCCAGAAAGGCCGAUAGCACCAUCCGAGAUUAUGACAAGCGGUUAUGGAAGCGAAUAUUAAUAACAAAGUACUGUUAUGCACAUUGCAUUGAAUGUACUCCUAUAUCUUUGGAUAUCUUGUUCCAACCAGGUCCGUUCGUGACAUUAAGAAGUGUCGUAAAAUUCUUCAACGAGCUGUGCAAUCAGCAAGUGAUAACCCUGAAAUGGUGAUCCAGGCCCUGCUCAGUUUUGAACGAGAGGAAGGUGAGUACAGCCAUGCACUAUAGUGAAACCUGAAUAAACUUAAGUUACAGCUAUUUCUAGACUUUGCUAGCACUCGUAUUUUACCGAAAACUUGUCCCGCACUAAGCUGAGAUCAGGCUCUACUUUCAUUUUUCUGGGUAAAUAGAUUCCAAGCCGGCAAGGCGAAUCGAAAAGUCUCUCAUUUAGUACAGCACUUUAGUGCUUGCGAAUCGACUGUAUAACAAUGAUUGUUGCAUCACUUGUAAGUGCAUUCAUGUGAUUACCGUGAUAUCAGACGGACCUUAAACGCAACACCAGGGCCUUCGAGGCCACAUAUCAUGCAUAUCAGUUGGUACAACAUGGGCAUCCUAAGAAUGUGAACAGAAUCAAGAAAAAUCUUGCUAUACAGUUAAAAGUGUGCCGCUGACCAAGAAUAAGCGGCUUUUGUGGGCCGCAUCAAGCGUUUUCAUUUUCUUGUAUGUUUAUUCAAAAGCAAAAUAUUUCCUGCUCAUCGUUUUCUGAUGUACAAUACACCUGUCUGGUCAGUAAGCGUGCUUCUCUUUCCACGGUUGUCUGUUAUUCACAAAGACACUAUUGACAAAGUAGCUGUUACUGUCUGAAAAACGUGGUUCUAUCAAUGUUUGGGCUUAUUUCAGGAAUCGAAUUUUCGAGCAACUGAACCCUAAACUGUGCUUUGUUGGUCCUAGGAACCUUGGAAGACUGGGAUGCUGCUUUUUCAAAAUGCCGUGUGCAGCUUUUAAGGGUCAACGAACGACGGCAGAAGGUGAGAAAAGCUACACAAAUUUGUCCUUUGAAAACAACGCAAGUAAAAAUGUAGGGAGUUUUUCUCUGCUCCACGUUAUUUCUUUUUGUUAAUAUCUCACGAUUGUCACAAUUAUUUUUUUCCAGACAUGUCACAAAAAUCAGGCAGUUAGACGUCGCUACAAUUAACCAAGUCUUUUAGCGGGUAUAUUAGGUGAUGUUAGUCAGCCGUAGGAACUUUGUGACUUGUUUUAAAAAACGUCAGUUUGGAACAUGUCGGGGACUACCUUUACAGAUUACGAAAAAUAAAACAUGAACCGUUGACAUCAGCUCGUAACUAAGUGAAAAUUUAAGGAGUUAAUUUAAAGUAUCGGAUACUGUCGGACAUUAUCAUUAGUCGUGAUUUUCCUGGUUAAAAUUUUGACACCGUGACCUGUUUUAUAUCUGUUUAAUUCUUAAAGGCUGCUGAAAAGCAGGUUGUUCGUGAAAAGGCUGAACAAGAAGCUCAAGAGAAGAGAAGAAUUGCAAAUGCUGAGAAAAAAGCUGCGAAGAAAGCGGAACAGAAGAAAGCUAAGUUGGAAUUGAAAAAAAGAAAGGUGACUGAGAUGGUUUAAUAUGAUAACUGAAGAAACUGAGGCGAGCAAUCUACAUAUUGAGAUCCAACUUGCGACUUCGUGCUAUUUCCCAACUGUUGUCAGAAAAUUCUAAAGAGAACUGUUCUAAAACCAAAUGCAUCACAAUGCUUCAUGAUAACUGUGUUAUGGAGUGUUUUCUAAGCAACUUUUUCAUUUUUAUUGAAAACCAAUAUAUUUCACUGUUUUCAAAGCAUUACUCGUCCACGCGUAGCGUUGAGUUGUUGUAUCCGUCCAUAAGGACAGUUUUCCGUCUGGAAGAAGUUUUUUUCUUUUGUCCAGAUUUGACUUCAUCUGAAAAUUCUUCCUCUAAUUCUCAAGAAUCACUGUUUGGUCGACAUAAAACUCCCACCAAGCCCUUUUGCGCCCUAUUGUAACGCAGAUCGUACUUACUCAUUCAUUAGGCUGUUGACCAAGGUGUCACUGGAGAAAAGAAUCAGAAAUCAAAGCCGAAUGACGAAGAUUCUGGAGAACCUGCCCCUAAGAAACCUCACGGUAAGAUUACAAAGCUCACUAUUUUUUAUUUAUUCAUUCUUUAUUAAAUUUUUUAAAACGCGAUUAUGACAACUGGUAAAAGUAAUAUAGUAUUUCAGAAAGCUGUUAAAAAAGCCUCACAUUCUUUGCAGUGAAAAACAUUUUUGGUCGAUUUUGUUUGUUAUUGAAUUUUUGGUGUUGUAAUGGAGGGAGAGGGUUGCUAUGUCCGUGGCGCCCCAACGGUCACCAUGACUACGGGAUAGGUGCAAGGUGCAUGCACUAAAACACUCAAAUAAACUGACGUUAAAGAUGUUUGCUCCUUCGUCUGUCAAAAGUAUCCCAUUUGAGAAUAUCUAGUGCUGACUCUCUUUACUUCACUGACCUUGACCUCUCGCGCUGUUUCUGCCUGAGUGGAUAAGGCGUGAACUCUUUUAAUACUUGUAAUUUCUACCUUUUGUUUCCUGGUUUGUAAGUUUUUUUUUUUCAUUUUAGUUGACAUGGAAAGGAUCGAUUCCUCUACUUCUCAGGAGACAACACAUGAGCAGACAUCGACCACAACGAAACGCACGCAUGACAGGUUAGGAUGCACUUUAAACAGUCGAGCAAAAAAAAAUGCACUCUACUAUUGCUUUGUGUUCUUUUUCCUUUUUAGUUUUGAUAGCUUCUUCUUUCUGGUUGCAACCAAGGGAUGAGGGUUAACUCAAUCUACUGUUUCGUUCCCAUUGCACUCUUCCUUUAUUGGUUAUUCUUCUUUCCAAACCUUUAUGAGCUCGCCAUCAGUCUCUAAUCCAACAGUAUUAGUAACAGCGACUAAGAAGAGUAAUGUUGAGAUCUCUUUAGGUAAAGCCACCUACCAAACUGACUCGCUCAGGUAGCAGCAGAUCAGAAGUCCUGAACCAUUUAAUUACAGUUUUCUUCUUUUUUUCUUGCUUCAACUAACUUUUGCAACCUUUUUUAAAAGUAUUCAUUAACUGUACUUUUAGUGUCAUAUAUACGCACAUGUCCUUUAUAAAGUUUUCCAUUUUGUUUUUUUUUUUCUUUUUGUAGCACAAAAGAUCCCAAUACUGUAUUUGUCAGUAACCUGCUGUUUUCAGUUGAUGAAGAGCGUCUAAAGGAUGUUUUCUUACCGGUAAAGAUCACGUAGUAAAUCUUAAAAACUUCCCCAUUCGUUAUGUACUCCUGUUUAAAGAACAACGUUUUAUCAACUACUGAAUAAUAUUGUAAUUAGGUUUUAAGGGUGUUUAACUCUUUUAUCAAUUUAGCUUUAUCUAUUACAAGUUUAUAGGACAGAUCAAAAAAUUUUUUUAGUUUCUAUAGUAAAUAAAAUGUGAGUUGUAAAUACGCAGUUCAGCCUUUGGGCUUCAAAACUAUUUAUCUUCUAUGUAUCUCUCUACUUUUAUGUGUCUUUCUCUUGAUAAUCAAGUUUUCAAUCGGAAGCAAAUGAAUUGGCAAAGUAAAUUGGCCAUUGCACUGACGUUUCGAGCGAUAGUUCUUCGUCAGAGCGCAUACAUGUCAAAGUAUCGUAGGUUGUGUGUGGUUUAUAAACCGAAGAUUGCAGCUAUGGUAUUGCUUGAAACAUGCUAACGUGUUAAACCAGAACAAAUUAGUUGAAUGAAAGGUGUUUGUUGAUCGCCGUGUGGUGAGUGAGAGUUAGGUCCGUCCGCUCCUCUCAGCUUUAGCGUGGAAUUGAACACUUCAUUAGACACGGUUUAUAGUACGGGAACCGACAGUACUCGUGUUUCACAUUUUUUAACUUUUACUAGAUUGUAGUCCUGGCUAAGGAAGUAAACAUGGAAAUAUUUAUAUGAUAAGUCUAGCGCAAGAGCUUUAUCCUCUCUUGGCCUAGAGUGCAUGGUAGUUCUAGUUCUUAGCACUCAUUGCCAGGAAUUCAAAGAUGUUCUAGUCAUGUUUACUCUAAUUCUUCUACAAUGAUUAUCAAAUGGCUAAUAGUGACAUAAAUCGCCUUCCUUAAUUAUUUACAGCUAGGUGAAGUAGUUGAAGUUCGACUAGUAAGGAAUCAGAUUGGAAAAUCUAAAGGAUAUGCUUAUGUCGAGUUCAAGAAUCAGGUAACAGGACACUGGUGUUAAAAGGCCUUUUCCUUUCUUAACCUUUUUUGUCUGAGGACGUAUUCGUUUGCAAAAAGUUGUAGCGUAAUGCAAUUGUAUCUUUUACUGCUUCAAUCUUCAAUCGACUGUAUUUUUUUAAUUGAAGUCAUCAGUGGAAGCUGCUUUAUCCAUGGACCGAACUAAGUUGGAGGGAAGGCCCAUGUUUAUCUCUCCUUCAGUGGACAAGUCUACAAACCCUACUCAGUUCAAGGUAGAAUAUUACUGACACCUGUUGAUUGUAGCAGAUAUAUAUUAUUAUUAUUAUUAUUUAUCUAUUUAUAUAUUUACUUUUGACUUUCAUCGUGUUUUUAAACAAUCAAAACCUUCAUUUUGAUUGAUUGAUUCUAAUGUGGCCCGUGUCUUUUUUCUUCAUAGUUUCCCACAUCACUGAACAAGAAAACACUGUUUGUCUCUAAUCUGCCGUUCGACGCUAAAGAGUCAGAUCUAGAGGAAUUGUUUAAAGGGGUGAGAUUUUUGCAUACUUUACUGAUUUAAUUUAGUUGACUAUCGGUACACCAAACAUAAUGUACAGGACAAGUCUGCUGGUGGGGACCGGACCAGUAUUCAGGGUCUUAAAAUAACUGGAAAAUGAAGGUACUCCCUUUGUCUUGCAAGCGGCUGGACUUCGCGUGGCUCCGAUGACCACGUAAAAUUGCUGGGUCCCGUAAAUACAUUGACACUCAAAUAAAGUUCAUUUUUUUUAUUACAGCAUGGUAAAAUUAACGAAAUACGACUGGUGACCAACCGAGCUGGAAAACCCAAAGGAUUCGGAUACAUAGAGUAUGAACAGGAGGUAAGUGAGACCGCUGGAUCCUUGUCAUCCACCUCUGUUUUCUCCUCAGUGUGUUUCUCUUUCCGAUUCUCAGGUGUUACUUGGGGUGAAGUCCUUUAAAUUGUGCAAAUUGCUUUAUCGUGCCGGAUCUGUGUGUGGAAACAUCGCAUACGAACGGAUUUGUGUUUUGCCUCUGAUUCGGAGAAACUAAAGACUAAUAUGUAAAUUUUAUGAGAUAAGAGCGAUAACUUAAAACUAUCAAACGUAAGAAUCUUGUAUGUAAUUUACAGGGGGCUUUGUUGACACUUCCAUCCUUUCAAAGGACUUUCCUCAUUUGCACACUUGUUUGCGAUGCUAUACUAGAUACACGUUGAAUUGCCUGAGUAAUCUAAUUUAAGCCAGUCCUGUAAAGAACUUGGAUGGAAAAAGUUGUCAAAAGAGGUUAACUCUCUGAAGAUUUCAGCAUGUAGAAGAUUAGGGUUAAUUCGCACUGUUACUAAUGGAAGUUUGUUAGGCUCGAAACUCGGAGAUUUUUUUGUUGGUCCGAAAUACCUCGUGUUUUAAUCAGACAGGGGCGUCAUCCGCCAUAUUAGCGUUGGAUGGAAGUCAAAUGGGAGGCAGGCAGAUUUCGGUUGCAUUAUCAAAUCCACCAGCUAGAAAACCCAGACAGCCUGGAACCGAACAGCAACAGCCCGGGAAAGAGCAGCCAGGAAGGUAAGAACGGUUCACUAUCUAUGAAUAACUCCAUAAGCCUUUAAGAGACCUCAUACGUAUAGAGCUAGUCCUGUAAUUCUGGGAGGGUGGGGAGGGUAGAGUGCUUACAGCAGCAGCUGAUAAAACAGCAAGUUCAUAACUGAUCAUGUCCAUUUUGUUUUUCAGUCGUGGCCGUUCACGAACCCAGUUGCAGCUCAUUCCCAGGUCUCUUCAGAAAGCCACCUCGUCGGUGCCAGGUCCUUCAGCAAAGAGCUCGACUGCAGCAAGUGAGGAAAAGACCGAGGCUAAUGGUGCCAGCCAGUCGUCAGAGCCGGCUAAAAAGGGUUUUACCAACGAGUAUUUCAGAAACCUCAUGCUUAAAAAGAACUGAAAACCAAUCUCGAAUAUUGAAAAAGUAUCCAUUAUCUGUGAUUUAUACUAGCACCCGCUUGAGUUGUUCGACUACAGCAGCGAAACUCAGAAACUGCUACAUGACAUGAAGCAAGCAAAUCCUGCAUUUUCUUUGGACUGACUACAUCACGUUAAAAGAGAACUUCUACGGGCUUAAAUAUCUGACAGAAAGAUCGCGGUACAAAUUUUGAUAAAUGGCAGUCUUAGAAAUGAACAGAAACUGUCCGUUGACCCUCCUCCUCGUGAUUUCUUCAAACUGUAGAGUUGUGUAGGUUUUUAAGUGUAAAGGAAGGAAACUAAGAUGGUAAAACGUCUGAAAGUUUUAAGAUCCUAUGUAUCGAAGGGACACUGACCCUGCCAUGUUUUUUAUAAGCCUUGUGUUGACUUGUGGUAAAAUGAUUUUAGUAAGAGCUAAAUUGAAGAAAAUAUAUAGUUUUUACUGAUAUAAAUGCACAAAAAUGAAAGUGUAGUGAAGUGAAAAUAAAUGAAAAGGCAAGGAAUCUGCUUUACACCUUUGACGGCCU